AUGGAAGUCAAGCAAUCGGUGAUGUCACCGCUAGAUCUGAUGUCGGAAAGCAAAACACCACAGGCUAGAGUUGGUGAUGUCUUCGUUGAAAUUCAUCACUUCACUAGGAUUCAUAGAUUUUCUGGAUUGUCUGCGCUCACCUAUUCCAGAGGAAGGUUCCGGAUAUCAAUAAAUUGGUUGAUUCCAAACAUGAUUAUCAUCGGCGCCAUAUUGAUUAUGAACGUGAAGAGCCUUUUUACAACCCGGAAGUUGAUGUCGUAUCAAUGCUCGUCGUAUUACUACUUGAACAUAGCUCUAUUGAUCAAAUAUAUUUAUGGCGUCGUAGCACACUUUAUAGAAAACAACCGGAAGGUGAACCUCCUCAACACAUGCCUUUUCAAUAUUAGAGCUGUGGAUUUAGUUUUGUUCACGAUCGGGGAACAAAGACCAACUGUAAAAUUGCAAGUUAACGGCCUCUUCGCGAUUGUUUUGAUAGUAACGGCGUUCAUCCUACGCCUGAAAUUGCACCCUCCUUUACACGAAGCUAUCGAUAUAAUGGCUUCAAUUCUUCUUCUAAGUUUCAAAUCGUUACGACAAAGCCUCCUCAAAUGCUCCAAAAUGGAGGAAAAGGAUGCGGCUAUACUUGCGGAAAAGCUGAUCUAUUGUCAUCAUAAACUCUGUAACUCCGACAGCAGUUUGGUAGCUGACAAAUACACUGUCAUAGCAAUAAAAGGUCUGUGGUCGGUUCUAGCAAUGACAGUUUUAUGGCAGAUGAGUAAGCAAUUUGCUUCUAUUCGCAAUGAGGUUCGUAGGAUUGUCUGCACUCACAUAUUCCAGAGGAAGGUUCCGUAUAUCGAUGAAAUGGUUGAUCGCGAAUCUGAUUAUCAUCAGCUGUGUAUUGAUAAUAAACGUGAAGACCUGUUUUACAACGCGGAAGGAAACAUGAUACAAUGCGUCCGGAAAGUGGACCUCCUCAACAGAUGUCUCUUAAACAUAAGAGCUGUCGAUUUGGUUUUGUUCUCUAUUGGAGAACGUAGACCUGCAACAAGAGUCCAUUUUAACUUCUUGUUCGUAAUGGUGUUGAUUGUAACGACGUUCACCCUCCGACUUCAUUUGCAUAGGAUUGCUUCCAUCCUUCUUCUUAGUUUCAAAUCGUUAAGACAAAGUAUCGAGAAGUGCUCUGGUGUGUUCUCUUCGGCUCAACUUGCAGAGAAAUUGAUCCACUGUCACCAUAAACUGUGCAACUCAUCUAGGAUUGUCUGCGCUCACUUAUACCAGAGGAAGGUUCCGAAUAUCGAUAAAAUGGUUGAUCGCGAACCUGAUUAUCAUCAGCUGUGUAUUGAUAAUAAACGUGAAGACCUGUUUUACAACGCGGAAGGUGAUUUCGUACCACUGCUCACUGUAUUACUACUUGAGCAUCGCUCAAUUCUUGUCCAAUUCUUAUGGCGUCAUAGGAAACAUGAUACAAUGCGUCCGGAAAGUGGACCUCCUCAACAGAUGUCUCUUAAACAUAAGAGCUGUCGAUUUGGUUUUGUUCUCUAUUGGAGAACGUAG